UAAGAUUGACAUUACCAAACUGCCUCACCAUGGCAGUUUCUGCAACAUCUAAGCUCUUAGUGUCUGAUUUUGCCUCUUCCAUUAGUCAUGUCCCUCCAAACUACGUCCGACCCAUCUCGGACCGUCCGAACUUGUUGGAUGUUGAGAGUUCCGGCGAUUCAAUCCCUCUGAUCGAUCUCCAGGAGCUCCAUGGACCUAAUCGAGCCGAGAUUGUCCAUCAACUUGCUAACGCAUGUUCUACUUAUGGUUUCUUCCAGAUCAAGAAUCACGGAGUAUCGGAUAAAACAAUAGAUAAAAUGCUAACCGUUGCUAGAGAUUUUUUCCAUCAACCGGAGAGCGAAAGAGUCAAACAUUAUUCCGCAGACUCAACAAAGACGACGAGAGUGUCCACCAGUUUUAAUGUCAGCGCAGACAAGGUCUUGAACUGGAGAGACUUCCUUAGACUUCAUUGCUUUCCCAUUAAAGAUUUCAUAGAAGAAUGGCCUUCUAGUCCCAAUUCCUUCAAAGAAGUCACAGCUGAAUAUGCCACGAGCGUAAGAGCUUUGAUCUUGACACUUCUUGAGGCCAUCUCAGAGAGCUUAGGCCUUGAAAGCGACCAUAUAAGCAAUAUAUUACGCCAACAUGCUCAACACAUGGCCUUUAACUACUAUCCGCCAUGUCCCGAGCCCGAGCUUACUUACGGACUUCCCGGACAUAAAGACCCAACCGUUAUCACGGUCCUUCUUCAAGACCACGUCUCUGGUUUGCAAGUCUUUAAGGAUGAUAAGUGGUUCUCUGUUAAUCCAAUUCCCAACACUUUCACUGUCAACAUCGGCGACCAAAUGCAGGUUAUAAGUAAUGACAAAUACAAGAGUGUGCUCCACAGAGCCGUUGUAAACACCGAGAGGGAGCGAUUAUCGAUUCCAACAUUCUAUUUCCCUUCGACAGAUGCAGUGAUUGGUCCAGCAAACGAGCUGAUCAAUGAACAAGAAUCUCUUGCUGUUUACAGAACCUUUCCAUUUGUAGAGUAUUGGGACAAGUUUUGGAAGAGAUCACUCGCUACUGCGAGCUGUCUUGACGCCUUCAAAGCUUCAUCAACCUAAAGAAAGUCUACUUUGUAUGAAAUCAAAAAAUAAAAUCCUCUCUAUUCGAUCUCUUUAAUAAGGGUUUUGUACAAAAAAAAUUUCCAGAUGGCCAAUUUGUGCAACUUUACAUUCCACCUGCAGAAAAUGCAAAUCAAUCAUAUAAAAUCAAAAGUAAUACGCAAUAUAAGCCUUAUACAUAUCUUUUA